AUGGGAAGCAUCCUCUUUGUGAUCGCUGUUGUCUGCCUACUGGUAAGUCGUUAUUUGUAGUGAAAUUAGAAAAUUCGAUGCCUCGAUGGUUCUAUGAUGCUCGAACUAACGAAAAAGUACUUCCUGUUAUGGAUGUUGAACGCUUCUAGAUCAGCCGAACAAAAUUCAACUGCCAACCCUCUUCUGCUCUCAAAUUUCCGCGCAAUAAACAUUCGUCACGCGCGUGACUUCCUAGCAAUAUGCGGAUGUUUCAUCUUUCACAUUGCACACCUACUCAAUCACGGUUUGUUCAACUGCGUUACCUUUGUUUUUCAGUAAGAGUCACAUCACAAAGUUUCAUAUUUUACAACAUGCAUACAUUUUCUUCCAAACUCGUGCACCUCUAUCUACCUCCGCUUUCAUCACGUUUUAGUCUUCCACCCACGUUCUCAAUCCCAUGACAAUAUCAGCUUCGCUUGCGGGCGGAAUUUGAAUUUAAUUGCAUCCACUUAAAUCACGGCUAAAUUUAGAGUUUCAAACCUCAUAUACGAAAGAUUUAAAUCAACAUCUAUUUAUAUCUACUUUCAAUUCGGGGUUUGUGGGUACCUUUUUAACUUUGAAGCUCUCAUGAGCGACAUAGCAUUUACGCCAUGGUCAUCUCAAAUUUUCAAUUUGUACAUCUCACUCAUGCGUUAAUUUCAAAACAGAAUAACGCAAUAAAUACGGGAAGUUUCAUUAUCUAAUUUAAACAAAGCUAAAUACUUACCCUUGCACACUGCAGAGUGUUUACGUUUUUGCAUUUCUUGAUGAAAAUCUGGAGUGAGAGUGGAAGCAGGAGGACGCGUCGCCGAGUAGUAGGCAGGCUGCACUUGCAACCUGGUCUAAAUGUACUGGGUCGAGUCUUGCAAAUAGCCAACGGGUCUGCCUUCUAAAAGUUAUGGUUUAUAACCAUGUCCUGUUGCAUUUUUUAAUUAUUUCUUUCACUAAUUUGAUUUGUCUCUUGGCCUUAUGUACCGUAUGUACAGCCUUUGUCGUGCAAAGGGUCAAUAUAUCCUUUCUACUUAUAUAAAGAUUAUUUUCAGAGCUAAACAUCCUAAACAGCAUUUAUCUCUUCAUUAACAUGUACACCAUUUUGACGUCUAGUCCUCUCUUAUAGGUUACGUCAGUGUCUUCAGUCAUACUUUGUCAAGAAGACCAUCAUGGACAUGGUUGGUCCCUAGUACUUGACAGCAUUACAACUCGAGCAUUUAGCUUAGGAUUCAGCCUUCUGAUUCUUUACCUUGUGUACAGUAUUUUUCCAUUUGACAGCAGUUUGGCCGACAGAAACCAGUCAGCAUAUCGUUAUGAUCCUACAUCUAAACAAAGAAUACUAAAUGCACAAUCUGGUGAGUGUCAAAAAGACACCAGGAUAUUUAUUAAACGUACUCAGUCACUUUUGCAUGAUAAAGAAAUUUAGAAUUUUAAUAUUAUUUUUAUUCUGUUAGUCUGCAAGAAGGACGUACUUUCUGAAUAUCCAGUGCAACGAAGCGCUGACCAUAUAGUAUUUCAGAAGACUGGGGUAGAAGUGAUGGAAGUGAAGGUUGCUAAUGGAUUGACACUCACCAACAUAUGGAUGCCGGGAAAUGUGAUGUUGCAAGCUUACACUGAAACAAUGCUGCCGGACCAUCUACAGGAGGACGAAUUGCCUCUAAGCCCUGUGUAUAAAUUUGUAUCAAGUGCUGUGAAGUUGGACAGACCUCUUGAAGUUUGGAUACCUCACGGUGCAAACAUUGUUUUAACGGGCGAAAACUGGAGUGUAAUUUUGAAGGAGUAUCAAAACGACAGUUGGUUAACUGUUGGCCAAACUAGUGAAAAUAUCAACACAAAAGAAUCAAAGAACUUUGUCUGUAAAAGCAAUCAUGUGAGAUUCAAGACUGACCAUUUAUCAACUUUCAAAGUAACUGGGAAGUUUAAUACGUCUCAGUCGACUUUGGUAUUUAAGAGAAUGAAGGUGGCAGCAUUCUGCAGUGAAACAAAAGUUGGAGAAGAACUUGUUGUGAGGCUUUACUGCUUUGAUGAUUGUGAAUGGUCUCUCGAGGUAAAUGGUUUUCAGUUUAUGAUAAUUUAGAUCAGUGUAAUUGUGCACUCUGCUUCAUAACAUAACACGACAGUAUGGAAGAGGAAUUUGGCAUACAAAACUACUGCUGCCAAACAAUAAGCAUCUCAUGCAAACAGUAUCUCAACCAAAAAUGUUUUCUGUUUGUUUUACAGGGUUUGUGAUUUAUGAUUGGACCUUGUUUCAUCGUUUUAUUUUCAAUCAGCAAUACUAUUUUCUAUUUUUUGCCUUGGAGAAAGUUUUUGCUCAAUCCUGAGUAAUUUGAAGUUAAUUGUCUUUGUUUAUUUUUUACCCUUACAGAGGAUAAUGGGAAUGGAGCAGAAAAUCGGAGGAAGACUCAUGUCAUCGAUCGAAUCUGUCAGCUUUUCUGUUACCAGUAAACAGUGCGUUGACAUAUCUGUUAAAGAUCUUGCAAGCUGGCAGCUGAAUAAGGCCUCCCCACUGGUAUUGCCAAAAACUAGUCACUUGCUUUCUUGGACAGACCGUCCAGUAAAACGGUGUCGUAAUCUUAAUUCGAUUUGUCUAGUUCUGGUCUUUGCUUCGAUUUGAUCUGGUUUGAUUUUGAUUAUAUAUAUAUAUAUAUGAAGGAGAAAUUAGAAGAGAGGUGCAGUAAAUAACAGCUAUUGUCUGUCAAAUUCUGUAUGUUUUGCACUUUCUCGAUAACUCGAUGUGAAAACAGGCUUCUUAUCUCACGUAACAACUUAGCUAUUUGUUUAGUUAUUUUUCGCUGUGUUAAUUCCCUAAAUUUUCAGAAGUUUAAGAAUUUUCUCUUGAAAUUCGGACACUAAUUCAAUUCUUCCUUUCUUUUUUCAAUUUUAAUUCUAGAAAUUCAGCUUUGAAUCAUUGAGAAACUCAUUCAACAUCAUUCCUCGGUGUGACCUGGUAUUUCAACCUAACAGGAAGACACCAAGCACUAGCAUUUUCGUUGAAAUGGUAUUAAAUCAUGAACCAUCUGGUGAAACAGUGAUCUAUGCAUCUACAUCACUAAAAAAGGUAUAAAAAUAUUUAGCCUAAAAUUUAAUUGUCUUUUCUUCUGCGGUCCGACGAACUUUUCUGAGUCCGGCCCCGCGAACUGACGCUAACCGAUGCAGAAGGGGAGUGUGGCAAAGAAGGAUAUAAGGCGAGAUAAUGCAAACAAGCGUUAGGACUAUACUAAGUAUCUUUAAACGCAUUUAACUUUGACUCAAAAAGUUUUGAAUUUUGACUUCCUAGAAACAUUUGACUUGUACGUGACACUUCAUUUUGUGUUCGUUUCCUUUAUAGGGAUACUAAGAUCUUAGGUGUCUCAGUUUUUUGAAAAUAGAUCAGUACGUAUCCUAUUUUAACGUCAAAACAAAUGAGCUGUUUUGCCGAUUUUGCUGAUGUUCAAAUCUGGAAUAAUGCACCAUCAGGUUUGGAACAACAGCGCCCGGAAAAUUACUAAACUAAUGAGUAGAUCCUUUUGGUAAUUUGUUCUUUAUAUUGUCACACUAAAUUUCGUAGAAACCUGAGAUUAACCAUUUGUUUAGUCAAUUUGGUAUACUUAGCCAUGCUGAUAAAUCUCUAUGUUUUUUCUGGUGGAGAUUUUUAGGAGAUCCUUUUGUGAGAGCAUACGAGCAUGAGCAAGUGGAAGAGUAAGAGGUAAGUACUAGACGUAUGGUUGACGUAAAGUUGAUUUACAUUAUGUUUUAACCGAGACUUCUCCCUUCUUUUCUUAGGUCACAGACGAAUUUUUUGCAACGAUAGUGGUUAAACAUUACAAUUUAUAUGAAUAGUUUGGGAACGUUUUUUAGAAGGACAAUGAAUGGUCCAAUCAUAACUGAUAACAGGAAAAAUAAUAAGAUAGGAAAUCUUUAGUUCAGUAACCUUCAAAACUUCGUUUUCACGGCAUAAUAGUGUAGUUUCUUAUCUCAAAAUAAUACAAAGAAACAUUUCAAAAUAGUUUAAUAUUUAGGUAUUGGUGAUUAAGUAUUGUAUGGCAACCCAAGUUAAAAUAAGCCUUUCAUCUUUUUUAACAUUUUUUAUAUCUCAGCCAUAAUCGCAUGCUAAGGCUCAUUGCAAUUAUAGACAAGAGUUUAGUUUACAGAAGGGUAAACGGUAAGGCCAGAGUUGAAGCCUGAAGGUCAGUCCUACCGAACUGAUCGCGCUUUCAGUAGCAUGAAGUGACAAGGAAUAUUGUUGUCCCUUCUUAGAAGGGUUGCUUGUCCAUCUAUUAUGGAGUUGCCCUUCAGCAUUUAAGUCAACAGGUUGCCUUGACAGUUAUCCUGUGCCCAUCCAUACUACUAGGUAAGGGAAGAGUGUGUGCGCUUUUUUUUUAAGACCACCCCUCACUCAUCUGGGUAGCGCUAGAACCCGGGCGUUUCCAUGUAGAGUACUCUGGAAAAAAAAAUUUAUUCCUCAGCAGGAUCAAGUGAAGCUAUUUGCGACAAAUCAAAUCAGUAAUGAAAGUUACAUAAAUAACACCUGUCACUUUGCAUUGAUUCAUCGAUCUUGCCUUGCAAAACACGGAAAUGGCGGUAGCUUGCAAGUUCUCCUGUCACCAAGGUAUUUUAUAUUACUUAAUCGCGCCUGUGUCUGAGACAGGAUAAUGUAUAUUUCAAGUCUUUGGUUGUACAAGACUGGAGAACCUACAGCAUGAACACCCUAAGCCCAAACAGGUGGAGAAGUUGAUAAUGAACAGAAGUGUCAACUUCACCCAAUGUCUACAGUAGAAAUCAAAGCAAAACUUUUCAGGGAAUUAUCAAAACUUCAAGUCACUAAUACAACUCAGCGGAAAUAACUGUAAAAAUACAAAAACAAAAAAAUUAUUUUUAAUACUGAAUUAUAUUUAGCAUUGAAAUAAUCCGCUCACAAAAGCAAACUAUACUUUUAAUCAAUUAUUCUUUUCGUAAAUUUACAGCCCAAAAAGCUUAAGUUGCACAACCACUCAUAUAACACGAAAAAAUAAUUUUAUCCUCUUCUUUAACAACAGCAGAACAAUCACUCAACUUGAUUUUAACUAAACAAUGAAGAUAUUUGGUGAAAAUACAAACAAAAGCCACCACGAGGCCCCUUUAGAGACUUGUAUAUUUGUUCUUAGUCAAAAGUAAUUACUUAAGUAAUUACACAAUUUUUUACAAACAGCAUCCUGUACACAUGGUAGCCUUAACCAUAUAUGUUCCAAACUUAACACUUUAUUCCCAGAAGUGAUUACCACGUAACCUUUCCUAAUAAUACCAUACAUUAUUCAGCAAACUCAAACUUAUCAGGUACAAGUUGUUAUCUUGAUCUAACAACAAAUUCUCGUCCCUAAUUUACAAGGAAAUGUCUGGCAGCUAGAGAAGAGAAUUGCCAAUCAGAUCUUGUGAGUUAAGGGUUAAUCAUGAUAUGCAUGUACGACAGACAGCACAUUGCCUAAGACACCAUCCUUGCCAAUAUUUCACACGACACAAGUAUAACAAUAUAUAAAUAUAAAAAUGUAUAUUGUUAUUGUAUUUUUUUUUGUAAUUUUAUGUAGGGAAAUAAAGUUAGCCAGUUUUAAACAUGAAAUCUAUCACAUCAGUUGUGAUCAGCAUUUCACGCAGACUAUUUACAUAGUUUCGUGUAAUUAUGUUACGACUACUAGGCUUAUCCCUUUGAGGAUACCUUAAAGGAAUAAUUUUAAAAUUAAUUAAUCCGCAUUCUCAGAAACAUUGUCAUAAAACAUUAUAUUUGUGAAUACCGUUGGGUGCGAUCGGCAUUUCGCGCAGAAUAUUCACACAGUUUCGUGAAAAUCUAUGCCUUCAUUGCGUAAAAGUUACGUAAAAAGGACGCAAAAAAAUAUAGUAACUAGCAGAGGGAUAAUCAGAACUAUGAUUUUUUGAAGAAGUGCAGUUUGAACUUUAAUUAAUGGGGAACUGAAGGACUGAUAGGGGCAAAUUGUAAGUAUCAUCGUUUUGCCCCCGCGUUCACAAACGUACACUAUUGUAAUUUUUCCCUUAUAAUUUUUGUAAUUGACUAUAUACAUACAUAAAUACAUAUAUAUAUAUAUAUAUGUUCGACCAGAUCGGAUGUAGUGCAAAUACGUUCUCGAAUCCUUGAUUCCUGUGGUUGCUCAUCAACUAUACCUGUGUCUCACACGUAGGAGCAGAACAAGCUGAGUAUAUAAUACAGUAUCGUUCUAAAAGAACAUUAUUUUUCAAGCAUCCAUACCCUGAUUUCAAACUAUAACUGAUGUGUAAAGUUUGUAGAUCAUACUUUAAAAAAUGUUACAUUAAUUUAGUGAGAUGGACAAAAAGAUGUUGAUGUACCUGUUAGGAACAUUUCACACACAUAGCUGGGAUCAAACCGUCGCUAGAGAAUCAAUCCUUCGUGGUCAAAUGCCUGUGCACUAAGGCAAAAGUGCACAAGUAAUGACGCAAAGGAAUAAAGUAAGGAUAAUCUAGCACACUCUUUUCUUGACAGCUGAAACAAUCGUAAAAACGGCUAUGAAAACACUGGCUGCCCUAGGCUUGUUCUCCC